AUGGGGGACCCCUGCGUGCUGGAGGAGGGGGCUGGAGGCUCAUCCGUGUGGAACUUCCCGGGCACCAAGGAGCAUCACCUCCCGCUGCAGAUUGGGGAGACAGUGCACAUCCUGCAGGCCUGCGAGGGUUGGUACCGCGGGUACUCGCUCCGCAACAGGGCUGCCCAGGGCAUCUUCCCGGCAUCACUGAUCCGGCUGAAGGGCGCCGUGGUGGAGCACCGGGGGGUGGAGGAGAGCGUGGUGCCCGCCGAGAUGCCGAUGGUGCAGGAGAUCACCACCACGCUGCGGGAGUGGGCCACCAUCUGGAAGCAGCUCUAUGUGGCCGGGCAGAUGGAGCGGUAUGGGCAGGUGAAGCGGAUGAUGCAGGAGCUGAUGGAGCAGCGCUCACAGCUGCUCUCAGGGACACUGCCCAAGGACCAGCUUCUGCGGCUCAGGAAGGAGGUGACCGGCAGGAUAGACUAUGGCAACAAGAUCCUUGCGCUGGACCUGGUGGUGCGGGACGAGGAUGAGAACAUCCUGGACCCCGACAGGACCAGCGUCAUCAGCCUCUUCCAGGCUCACAGGAGAGCGGCGCAGACCCUCACCCAGCGCAUCCAGGAGGAGACGAGCCCGCAGCCAAGAGCACCAGGCCACAGCACCCAUGGGGCAGCUUCGCCCUCCCACAACCUCUACCUGUGCGUCCGCAACUUCGUCUGCCACAUUGGGGAGGAGGCGCAGCUCUUCAUGGCACUGUAUGACCCCAGCGAGCAGCGCAUCAUCAGCGAGAACUACGUGAUCCGCUGGGCCAGCACUGGGGUCCCCCAGGACAUUGAGCUGCUCAACAACCUCAAGGUCGUGUUCACGGACCUGGGCAGCACGGACCUGAAGCGGGAGCGGCUGUUCCUGGUGUGCCAGAUCACCCGGGUGGGACGGAUGGACCUGCGGGACACCCACAGCCGCAAGCUCAGCACGGGCCUGCGCCGGCCCUUCGGCAUCUCAGUGAUGGACAUCACCGACAUCACCAAGGGGACGUGUGACAGCGACGAGGACAAGCAGCACUUCAUCCCUGUCCACCUGGUGGCUGCUGACAGUGAUUUUCUUCACAACAUGAUCCGGAAGGCAGUGGAGGGGAAGGACAACAACCACAAGGGACAAGGGCUCUGGGUGUCCCUGAAGAUGCUGUGGGGAGACCUGAGCCAGGUGCGGAAGGACCACCCUCACCUGGUGGAUCGCAGCACGGUGGUGGCUCGCAAGCUGGGCUACCCGGAGGUCAUCAUGCCAGGUGACGUCAGGAACGACAUCUACCUGACGCUGGUGCAGGGUGAGUUUGACAAGGGGAACAAGAAGACGCAGAAGAACGUGGAGGUGACUGUGUGUGUCUGCGACGAGGCAGGAAAUGUGGUGCAGAACGUGAUCCAGGCGGGCGCGGGGGACAGCCCCACCAGCCACUACCGCUCCGUCGUCUACUACCAGCAGCGGCACCAGCGCUGGAUGGAGACUCUGAAGAUCGCUGUUCCCAUCGAGGAUGUCCACAGGACCCACCUGAGGUUCACCUUCCGCCAUCGCUCCUCCAGUGACUCCAAGGACCGGAGCGAGCGGAUUUUCUCCGUGGCCUUUGUGAGGCUGAUGCGCCCCGACGGCACCACCCUGCGGGACGGGGAGCACGACCUGGUGCUGUACAAGGGUGACAGCAGGAAGCUGGAGGAUGCCAGCGCGUACCUGUCCCUGCCCUCCGAGCGGAACCUGUCGGAGUCGAAGCUCCUCUCUGGCUCCUCCUUCCGUGUGAGCGGGGCCGCGUCAGGCUUAACCGUGUCAGCCCGGGACAGCUUCCAAAUCUCCACACUCGUCUGCUCCACGAAGCUGACCCAGAACGUGAACCUGCUGGGGCUGCUGAAGUGGCGCUCCAAGCCCAGCCUGCUCCGCGGGAACCUCCAGAAGCUGAUGAACGUGGAUGGAGGGGAGGUCAUCAAGUUCCUCCAGGACACACUGGAUGCCCUGUUCUCCAUCAUGAUGGAGCACUCGGACACAGAUGUCUAUGACACACUUGUCUUUGAUGCUCUGGUUUUCAUCGUGGGGCUGGUGGCUGACAGGAAGUUCCAGCACUUCAACACAGUCCUGGAGGCCUAUAUCUGCCAGCACUUCAGUGCCACACUCGCCUACAAGAAGCUGCUCUCGGUGCUGACUCAGUACGUGGAGCAGGCGGGGCAGGGCCAGCCCUGUGAGCCCCUCCCGCGCACCUUCAAGGCCUUGGAGUACAUCUUCAAGUUCAUCGUCCGCUCCCGGCGCCUCUUUGCCCAGCUCUACGGGGGGAAGGAGACGGCCCAGUUCCAGCGCUCCUUACAGCGCUUCUUCCUUGCCCUGAACCAGCUGAUGGAGUCCCCACUGGAGGGUCCCACUCUGCUCUCCCAGGGAGCAGCCCUCAAGUACCUGCCCUCCAUUCUCGAGGACGUGUUUGGGAUCUUUGACUCUUCUGCACUGGGGGCUGUGCUGCGGGACUUUGUGGGGAACCUGCCACCCCAGCGCCUGCUGAAGCAGAAGUUGCAGUCCCUGACCCACAUCGCCAGCAGCAGAGUCUUCCAGUCCCACGAGUGCCGGGAACUGGUGCUGCAGGCGGCCCUGCCCAUCCUGCAGGAGCUGAUCCAGGCAGGUGAGGAGGAGGACGCCUGCAUCGAGCUGCUCAGCAGCAUCCUGGAGGUGCUGUACCAGGCCCAGAAGAGCGCGGAGGAGCUGCGAGCACGGGACAAGGACCGCGGGGACGUGGAGCUGGUGUGGGUGAAGAAGCACAUCCAGGUGAUCCUGGAGCGGCUGCUGCACACAGUCACUCGCAGGGUGAUCGUCCUGGACCGGGAGAACCCACUGAGGAGCCACUACGUGGCCUGCAUGGCUGCCAUCCUGAGCCAGAUGGACAAGGACCACUACAGUGCCUACAUCCAGGCAUUCCCCUCCCGGCCGGAGCUGAUGGACUUCCUCAUGGAGACCUUCAUUCUCUUCAAGGACCUGAUUGGGAAGACAGUGUAUCCCUGCGACUGGGUGGUGAUGAACAUGGUGCAGAACCGGGAGUUCCUGCGCACCAUCAACCACUUUGCCACGACCUUGACCAAGAUGUUCCUGAGCAACAGCAGCUUCGAGCUGCAGCUUUGGAACAACUAUUUCCACCUGGCCGUGGCCUUCCUCACUCAGGAGUCCCUGCAGCUGGAGAACUUCUCCCCAGCCAAGCGCAACAGCAUCCUGGCCAAGUACGGGGACAUGAGAGCCACGAUCGGAGCGUCCAUCCGGGACAUGUGGUACAGCCUCGGCCAUCGCAAGAUUGAGUUCAUCCCGGGCAUGGUGGGCCCUAUCCUGGAGAUGACGCUGGUGCCAGAGCUGGAGCUGCGCAGGUCCACCAUCCCCAUCUUCUUCGACAUGAUGCUCUGCGAGCACCAGCUGACUGGGAGCUUCAGCCGGUUUGAGGAUGAGAUUCUGCGCAGGCUGGACAGUGAGGUGGAGGGCGGCCGUGGGGAUGAGCAGUACAAGCAGCUUUUCAAGAGCAUCCUGCUGAGCUGCUGCCAGAGACACUCUGAGAUGGCCAAGCCCGGGACGGACUUUGUGGAGCUGGUGACUGCACUCCUGGAGCGGCUCCUGGACUACCGGGCUGUCAUGAACGAUGAGAACAAGACCUACAGCAUGAGCUGCACCGUCAACCUCCUGAACUUCUACAAGGAGAUCGACCGCCAGGCCAUGUACAUCAGGUACCUGUACAAGCUGAAGGACCUGCACAUCAGCUACGAGAACUACACCGAGGGAGCCUACACGCUGCUGCUGCACGCCCGCCUGCUCACGAUGUGGGAGGAGGCCAUCCACAUCUGCAAGGAGCUGGCGGAGCAGUACGAGAGCCACGUCUUUGACUACGAAAUGCUGAGUGACAUCCUGCAGCGGGAAGCCAAGUUCUACGAGAAGAUCCUGAAGGUGCUGCGGCCCAGCCCAGACUACUUUGCCGUGGGGUACUACGGGCAGGGCUUCCCCACCUUCCUCCGGAACAGAGUCUUCAUCUACCGGGGGAAGGAGUAUGAGCGCCGGGAGGACUUCGAGAUGCAGCUGCUGAGCCCCUUCCCCAACGCUGAGAAGCUGAAGAGCACAUCCCCUCCCGGGCAGGACAUCACGGGCUCCCCGGGGCAGUACAUCCAGUGCUUCACCGUGCAGCCGGUGGAGGAAGCCAGGGUCCGGCUCAAGGGCCGGAUCAUCCCGGAGCAGAUCACCAACUUCUACAAAGCCAACCAUGUCCAGCAGUUCAGCUACUCACGGCCCUUCAAGAGAGGCCCGAAUGAUCCUGACAAUGAAUUUGCAAACAUGUGGAUCGAGCGGACGACCUUUGUGACAGCCUAUCCCCUGCCUGGCAUCCUGCGCUGGUUUGCUGUGACUGCCACCACCACGACCAUCAUCUCCCCCCUGGAAAACGCCAUUGAGACAAUGAUGAAAACCAAUGAGAAAAUCAUGAGUGAGAUCAACCGGCACCAGAACGACCCCAGCCUGCCCAUCAACCCGCUCUCCAUGCUGCUCAAUGGCAUCGUGGACCCUGCUGUCAUGGGUGGCUUCGCCAAGUACGAGGCAGCAUUUUUCCAGGAGUCCUACCUGAAAAAGCACCCCAGGGAUGCAGGGAACAUCGAGAAGCUGAAGGACCUGAUCGCCUGGCAGACCCCGCUGCUGGCAGAGGGGAUCCGGAUCCACGGGCAGAAGGUGACAGAGGACCUGCGGCCCUUCCACGAGCGCAUGGAGCAGUGCUUCGAGCAGCUGCGGGCCAAGGUGGAGAGCCAGUACGGGGUGCGGGAGAUGGUCUUCUUUGAGGACCAGCGGAGCGGACGACCCCGGUCCAUGGCCUGGGGACCCGACUGCAACCAGCUGAGCCAUGCUGGAGCCAGCACAGAGGCACCUUCGAUCCCAAAACCCGCCCCCCGCACGUCCGAGAGUGAGGACCGUAGGAACGAGCACCGGGAGAGCCGCUCCAGCUCCCUCUUCGGGUCCCGGCGGCAGGACGUGCGCCGGUCCAUCUCGGAGCUGCCAGAGCCCAAGGACGAGAAGCGGAGACUGUCCUACAACAUGAGUGAGAGCAGCCCGGGCAGCUCCGACAGCAAACAGCCCCCGCCGAGCCGAGCUGCUGCUGGUGCUCAGCCCAGUGCUGCAGGGCUGUCCCUGUCUCCCACUGGCUUCGGUGGCCGUGUGAAAAGUGCCAGCAAGGUCCCACCGCUGCCCCGCAAGAUCAGCCCCGCGGUGUACGAGACGUUCCUGGAGCAGAGCAACGCCACAGCCGGAGGGAAGGUGCCCCCUGGCGUGGGGACCCACCUGCCUCCAGACUUCCCUGCCCCGAUGUUCUUACCAGCCCUCACCAUCCUGCUCAGAGGCAGCUCCUGUCCCUCAUCUGUCCACCCCAUCCUGCAGCACUGGGACACACUCCUGGCCCAGGUGCUGUGA